GUGUGCUGGGAGAGAGUGACAGUCAGAGAGAGAGAGGAAGGAAGGGCCAUGCCCGGGACAGAGGGGAGCUCGGAGGCUGUCUGCAGAUCCCUUGCAGCCAGUUUGCUGGCUGGGAGCAAAGAGCCCGAGAAGAGCAGCCGCUGCCGGGGUUUUGCCAUCACGGAGCUGCUGGGACUGGAUAGCAGUAGCAGUAGUGAGUCCGGCCACUCGGGGGCACCGUCAGACCAACCUCCUCCACCCCCCCCUCCUCCUCCACUUGCCCCCCAGCCACCGAGGGAACCGCCGCCGAUGCUCACCGCCGGCCUGGGGCUGCUGUGCAGGCGCUCGCUCAGCGCUUUCCGGCCGCCCGGAGCCUCUCUCCUGGACGCUCUAUCAGCCCUGCCCGGUCGCAUGCCUCUACUCCGGGGGGUCGCCCUGUUGGACAGCUACCAGCCGCUCCACAACUCCGAUGAUGAGAACACAUUGUGUGAUCGCAGUGACUUGAAGAAUUCAGCAGCAUCGCUGGUGAAAAGAAAGAAGAGGCGGCACAGAACUGUGUUCACAACUCACCAGUUGGAGGAACUGGAGAAAUCGUUUAAUGAGGCUCAUUACCCAGAUGUAUAUGCAAGAGAAAUGUUAGCAAUGAAGACAGAGCUCGCUGAAGACCGAAUACAGGUGUGGUUUCAGAAUCGAAGAGCAAAGUGGAGGAAGCGGGAGAAAUGCUGGGGCAGGAGCAGUGUGAUGGCCGAGUAUGGACUGUAUGGUGCUAUGGUCCGGCACUCCAUUCCAUUGCCUGAAUCCAUACUUAACUCUGGCAAAAAUGGUUUGGUAGGAUCUUGUGCCCCCUGGCUGCUUGGAAUGCAUAAAAAAUCUGUUGACUCAACAUUGAAAACUAAAAGUGAAGCAACUGUAGGAGAUGAUUGUAUGGAGAGCAGUUCACAGGCAUCACAGACUGAGGGUGGCACAGACCAGAUGCCUGCAACAAACUGUGACACUACAUCUGAAGAUGAUGACAUGGCUUUAGACCUUUCCAGCACAGAAAAACUACUGAACAAGGACAACGGUUCAAAACAUUGCAUUUCAGGGUGGUCCAAUAUGGAAGUCAGACACAGAAGACUGAAGAAAAAUUAAAAUAAUCAGAAAGCUGUUGUGACAACAAAUGAGGUUCAGGAUGGGAGAACAGUCUUCCCAUUGAGAAACUGCACUCAUCCCAUUUUAACACUGAUUCCUACGGCAAUGAAAAUGCAUGGAUGGCCACAACAAAAGAGGAUGAUCACUAAUUUACCUCCCUUAUUGAGCUGCUAUUAAUUUGUCGGUUAUUAAAAUAAUGACCAACAAUUAGCAUCAUAGUUUGUUCCUAAUAAAUGUAAGAAGAAAAGCAGGGUAUUCCAAUGGAAAUGUACACAGGAUUGAAAAUAUCAUGGCUAGACCUCCUCUUACUGAUAACUUUACCCCCUGUGAAUGGAAAGGGGUGAUCCCAGUCCAUAUGGAAAUACAUGACUUUCAACAUGGAAGAUGUGAUGUAAAUGGUAACUGGCAGCUGCAAAUACACAGUAAACUCAAAUGAAAAAUUACACAUAUUAAAAGAGUAAUAGCCUAGGCUCCACAAAGAGGACACACAUGAGUGCAUGAGUGAAUUGUUCAUUACAAUGGUAGGAGGUGUAGCCAGUAACCUAUGUAAAAAAGGUCUCAAUCUCUGAUGAAUAGGAGCAAUAAUGAAGUAAGGUUAAACUCAAGUCAUUCCUCAGGAAGACAGCAUCACCUUAAGUUUAUCUUAGGUAUGUCCAUGCUGUUGAGUGAGGAGUUGUGAUGGCAGAAUACUGAAAGCAUGUUAUAUCUCAAUUGACCUUGUUGGAAAAUGGCUUCUGGAGAAAGAAAGGGUAGGAGAAAGAGAAAAGAUUGCAAAAGAAAAGGCAUUGGAAAAAGAAUUUCUUUAAUUGUGUUACAAUAAGAGUAAAAAGUAGAGUGAAUUUUCAACUCAAAUGUAACAGGCACAGUGUGCUGUGUAUAGUCUGUGGUGUAUUACCAGGGAAGCAAUAGUAGACUGGUAUGUGUUACACCAAAUGGAGUGCACAGGCUAUGAUAUGUUCAGCAGAGGGCACAUUAUGGGCUGGGGCAUAGAGUUGAGAAUUGUAUACAAAUGGUAGUAUGUACUGUGUCAGAUGGAAGUUAAUGCACAGUAUAUUGUGUGUCAUGCAAAAAAAAAUUGUACGGCUGGAGGUGUUAUGAAAUUGUAUUGCAUGGGAGCAGGGAUGAUUGUAGAGGGCAAUGCACAGAUGCUGUAGUGUAUUAGAUCAUGGGUAAUGUGUUUAAAGAUGUUUUAGAUUAUUAAAUGAUUUGAAAGAGGAUUUGGAGAGAAACCAUUUCCUCUGUGGGAGAGUUCAGAACAUAUGGCAUAUCUAUAAAAUCAGUGUUAGGCCAUUUUAAUGUCAGAAAGCACUUUCAACAAUGGGUAAUGAAAAUCUGGAGCUUUCUCCCUCAAAAAUCUGUUGGGAUCAGCUAAUUUUAGAUUUAAAAAAUGAGUGAAAUAGAUUUUUGUUAGGCAGAAAUAUUGAAAGUUACACAUAAAAGGUGAAUAGAUAGUAUUUAAGAUACAGAUCAGCCAUGGUUUAACCAAAUGAUCGAUCGGGUUUGAGAGUUGUACUAUGUAAUAUAUGGAUUCUUUAAUGUGUUAUUCAAUGGAUAAUAUAUAGCUGAUGUAAGACAGUAUGCAGCAGUUAUAAAUGACUUAUUUGUGUUAUGCACUGGGAAAUACGAGAGUGCUGGGGUGUAAUACAAUUUCUGGGUUUUGAUAUCUCACAAAGAAUAAGCAAGAUUUUGAAUACAUUUAAAUCAGGAUUGUUUUACAGCCUUGUAGCAUACUUUCAACCAGUCAGUAGUUUAAAUGUGCUGAAUAAGAUUCAAUUUACUUCAAUUGUAGAGAAUACACAAAGUUUUAAAACAGCUCAAAACCAUAUCCAAUCCUAAAAUCUUUUGCAGCAAUUCCUGUUUCAAACAUCAACACCAUUAGUCCAAUUUGCAAACAAACCAACAAGCAACUAACCUUAAAAGUGUUGAAAAUAACAUAUUGCUAUGUCUCUUUAAAGAUUUUUUAUACAAUUAUA